CCUACCGCUCCAUGCCCUGCCCUGCCUUGCCUCUCUGCCGUUAUCAUUUCUUUUCCAUCUCGAAAGGCUUCCUUCAUUCCCAAACACACAGCGAGAGUCAAGUCCUUCACCCUGCCCUCAAGACGCCACCGCCAGUCGCACGCCCGCAUAGGCAGAGAGACAACAGCCAUGGCACCCGUCAUCAUCGACACCUCGGACGACCUCGACCUGCGCCCCGCCGCCGCCAUGACGAAAUCCGCCGCCCGCACCCUGUUGCUGGCCCCGCCAUCCGUUGCCGCCCACGAGGAACGCCUGCGCGACGCCCUCGCCGGCCUCGACCGCGCCCGCACCGAUAUCCAGAUGCUCGACCGCCUGGCCGCCCGCCUCGUCGCCCUCCCCUCUGCCGCCUACGACCAGGUUUUGGUCCUCGCCGACCCAGAGUCCGUGCCCCUGCAGCAGCUCGGCCGCGAUGUCUACGCCCUGCUCGUGCCCGCCAUGCGCUCCGGUGGCGCGCUGCGCUUCCAGAGCGGCCGUCCCGGCGCCCGUGACGCAAAGGAAGCCAUCCUCGCUGGCCUGGUUGAGCGCGAUGGCGGCGCUGCCUUUGACAAGGUGGACGAGGAGGAGACGGUCGUGCCCCUGCGGCUGGGCAAGAAGAAGACGAAUGGCGCUGCGCAGCCGCCCCAGAAGAACGGUCUGACCGUCGACGAAAACGCCGUCAAGUUUGACUUGGGCUCUCUCAACGACCUCGACGACGACGAUGAAAUCAUCGACGAAAACGGCUUGCUCACAGAGGAAGACCUCAAGCGCCGCCCCGUCCAGCCUGAGAACUGCAACCCCCAGAAGCGCCGCCGCCCCUGCAAGGACUGCACGUGCGGCCUCGCCGCCAAGUUCGAGGCCGAGGACAAGCAGCGCCGCGCCGACGCCGACGCCGGGCUCGGCGCCCUCAAGCUCGACGCAAACGACCUCAACGAGCUUGACUUCACCGUCAAGGGCAAGACGGGCUCCUGCAACAACUGCUCUCUCGGCGACGCCUUCCGCUGCAGCACCUGCCCCUACGUCGGCCUGCCCGCCUUCAAGCCCGGCGAGGAGGUCCGCCUGCUCAACGACGUGGCCCAGCUGUAAAGGGCUCCCCUGUCGAUGAUUUGUACGUUUCAAGGCCUCACAAUUAUGACAAACGGACUUGGUCGGGGCUUGGGUCAUGGCAUACACGUCUUUUUAUAUGUUUCUCAUGGAUGGCGUUCAAGGCGCCGAGCGGGUUAUCGCAGACGGAUACACCAUGUCUGGCCUCUCAUGGACUGACGGCUUGAUUGAUUGAUU